GUGGAGAAUCAUUGGAGAUACAAAACAGUGUUUCGCUUUCUGCAUAGAAACGAAGAGCAAGCAAUGCCUAGGAAAGAAAAAGACAAUAGAAAAAUGGAAAGAGAUAACAAAGGGAAGUGGAUGAAGGAUAGGGAUAAAAAGUUUGAUAUCCUUCUUCUUCUUCUGCUUCUUUUUGGAGGGGAUUGAGAAGUUUGGCUUGGGUUGGAUUUCUCUCCGUUGUCUUGACUGUUUUCUUGCAAUCACGAUAUUGGCUUCUUCGUACAAACUUCCUAUCCCAAGCAAACCUAUCACGCAUUCCGUGAGAUGUCUUUCCCCUUUUCAUCGAAACGAAUUUCAUGGCUUCGGUGUCGCGACUCACGAUACGCGGAGAGGAAAUCCAAGAAAAAUUCGAAGAUCAAAUUUCGAGUAGAAAGAUUCAAAAUUUCCUCUCUGAGUUUCCGAAGAGGGAAAGUCUCUGCUGAAACUUACGAGAGGAAAAAGAGAUUUGUGAUCAAGAGACGAUUUCGAUUUAAAACUCGUUUCCCAUAUCGAUUUCGAUUUCAGUCACGAAUCCUCAAAUCCUCCCCCCAAACCUUCGCUUCUCGCUGGCAUUUUCCGCAUUUCACAUCGAAGGUUAGAUGUCCUUUCAAUCUUCAUCGCAAAUUUAAGGGUAGAAGACAAAAACGAAGACGCGUGAUGGAUAUUUCUGCGCCAAUCAUGAAUAUGCAUCAUCCUGCAGGAGUCGACGAGUCGGUAAAUACUCCACUAGCUGCGCCGAACGAAUUACAAGUUAUCCCUGGGUACCAAUAUCCUUUUUCUCUCAGGCCAGAAAAUAUUCCAGAGGUGUUUUAUAGACUUCAUCGAGAUGAGAAUUGGAGGGAUAUUCACUCUCCCCCUCCCACAAAUUCUCUCCUCUGCGAACCUUACAGCCCCCUUGAACACGGCUGGUCCGCGAAAGAUACACAUAGCCCUCUUCCGUCCUCCCCCAAACAAAUCCUCUCGCGGGUAAGAAAACAUUUUUCCGAGAAAGGUGCAUCUCAACCCUCAAACUCGAUCUUCGUACCAGGAGUAUGGAGAGCGGGGACGAGUUCGCAGGUCAGCCUGUGGGAUAACAUAGAGGAUGCGAGGGAGGAGGCGAGGAGAAUCGGAGGAGUGGAUAUUAUUGAGGUGAAAGGAGAGGUGUUGAGGGAGGGCGGGAGUGUGGUGUUUUGUUUGGAGGAGCUUUUGGGGAGGAGUAGUGCGUUGUGUUGGGUUACGAGGGGGAGGUAUGGAAGGAGAGGGGGGGAGGGGGGGAAUAAAAGAAAAAGAAAAUGGAUGAGAGGAGGAGGAAGAGGGGGAGAGGGAUUGAGGGGGAAGGCGUAUUUGGUUGUGGGGGUUAUUCCUGGUACACAUAACUUUCCGCAUCCGACUCCCGUUACUCCCACAACAAAUACAAACACAACCCAUGCAUUUCACAUGCAGAGCGAAAACAAAAAUAUCAAUGAAGAAGAAAUAGCAAGAAACUCCUUGCUAUCUAGCGUUUCUAUGAAAGAUCGAACAACUUGUGGUGCUUUUGGAGAUUUUGAUUUUGGGCUUGAACAGGAACGAGAAUUGGAACAAGCGACCCCCCUGUCCCAGACACCAAAUCCACCCUCCCAUAUCAAAUAUCCAUACCACCACGAAACAAACGUCAAUUUGGAGCCCUUUAACUGGACUUUAGAGAAUCCCCAGGUUAACAAUAUACAAGAAUCCGAGAUAGAAAGAGAUAUUCGGAGACAUGCGCAGGGAAUGAAACGCAAUAGCGCAUUUAGAAGAAUGGAGAAGAUUUCGGAAGAUGGGGGGAAUUUGCUUUUGGCGGAUACAAAGUUUGUGGUUAAGGCGGAAGAGGGAGAGAGAGAGAGGCAAGAAGAUUCGCUGCAGGGUAUGGAUGGUGGGGGCUCGAGGGGCUGGAGUUGGGGAGAUGGUGGGAGGGAGAAGGGAAAAAUGAAUGACUUGAAUUCAGAAAGGAAAAUUACAUCGACAGCGAGAAUCACGAGGAAAGGGACUUUUGGCGAGGCCUUCAGAGAAAAAUCGGCAGAUCUUCGAGAUGAGAAGAGGGUUUCUUCGCAGAGUCAUUCAUCUCCAUCGUGCGCUUCCACAAAGCGUGAUAGUGGAGGAAGAGAAAGAGCAGAGGGAACUCGGUAUGUUGAUACGGGCACAUCGACUCGUAGCCUUAAUUUUCGGGAAGAGUAUAGUUCUGAAGAAAGUCUGAGCGCGGAUGAGGAUAUUCCUGCGGUUGCGGUUGCUGGUGCGGUGAGAAAGAGAGGGGUGGUUUGUGAGGCUCAGGGGAUGAGUGAGAGGCGGGGUAGGGGUGACGGUGAUUUUGGUGUAGGAAAGGAUGGCAAUUGGUAUUGUGAGGGCUUGGGAAUGGGUAUGGGAGUAGGCAGGAAGAAGUCUAGGAGGAAUGAAGACGAUUGUGGGUAUCGAAAUCGUAUGGGGAAGGAGAGAGAAGAGAUAUAUGUUGGUUCGCAAACGUCUUCUUUUGUCGGCACAGUGAACUAUGACAAGAAUACCGAGGAGGUAGAUGAGGAGUUGCAGGACAUGGAUACAAGUUUCGAUGUCGACAUUUCCGAGCGGGAAAAAAUUCCCGAUCCCCGAACCAACGCAAAACCAACCACAAACUCUAGGAUCCCUAUAGAGUAUUUGAAAUCCAGAAGACCGAUCCCCAAAAAGACGAUUUCGAGGGAUAUUACCAGAGAAACCUAUUUCGAGAACGAUGGGCACACAAGAGGAUGUGAAAAUGAGAUGGAUAAGGAAGAAUUAUCUGAUUUCGUUUCUGGAGAAGGAGUCAAGAAUGGUGGAUCGGGAUUCGGAUUAGGAACUAGGGAAGAUGUGGAUAUGAUUCGGAGAGAUAUGAAUGAAAAAGGAGGUCCCAAGGAGGCAGUGGAUAGAACAUAUUUUGGAACUCCGAAAUCCGAUCUGCCUAUUCCCGCCAUUACUAUUGAAUAUCCCUCCCGCAUUGGCGAAAUCCCCCAAAUGGGCGGCACGGCACACCUUUCCCAAUUCAAACGAAUAUCUACCUCCCCCCUCUCCCCGUCUACCUGCACCCUCACCUCCGGUCUCGAAAUCGAACACGAAAUCGAAAUCCCCGAAAAGAAAAACAAAAACGAAAUCCUCUACCCCUUCAAAUACGUCCUCGCUCUGUCCACGCGUCUCUACAACAAUAUCCCAAAACAAUGCUAUUUAAUUGAAUGGGAAGAUCCGUGGGCUCCGACGUGGCAGGUGAAGAGCGAGACGGAUGGGGUUGUUGGGGAGGUGUGGAGGGGGGAUAAGAAGAGGUGGGAGCAGGGGGUGGGGGAGAGAGGGAGGAUGAAGAGAAUUGUGUGGGAGGAGGAAGAAGAAGAAGAAGAGGAGGAGGAUAAUAUUAAGGAAAAAGAGAUUAGGAAUCGGAAGGGAAAAGAAGGAAAAGAAGGAAAAGAAGGAAAAGAAGGAAAAGAAGGAAAAGAAGGAAAAGAAGGGAGAUACUUGGUACAGUGGGAAAAGGAUUCAAGACCCGAGUGGGUGGAGAAGAAGGAGGUGAGUGCGAAGUUGGUAGGGGAAUUUGAGAGGAGAAGAGGGGGUUGGAGAUUCGUUGAUGAGCGGGACAGGGAAUGUGGAGAAAGAUGAAAAGUAAUGAUGUUUGAAUGCGGACAAUAAUGGUAUGGAGUCUGAAAACAAUGAAUAAGAGUCAAAACUUCUCAUUUGAUCAGUCGAUUUAUGGUCUCCUUUAUAUCCACACUCCAGCCCUCUCCUCUCAAUUCAAGAACAAAUCCCCUAAAUCCCUCAUAUCUCCCAAAUAAUUAAAUAAUCAAAUAUCCAAAUAACUCAACA